AUGGCCCCUCCACUGGAGAUCAAAAAAGACAAGCCCAAGCCCCAGCACAUGGUGCAACCACCUGAAGGAUGGGAAGAACAUAUGUUCAGUCUCCAUGACAGGAGGAGAUCACUCACUCCUAGUGUCUCUGUGUCCUCCCAAAAUUCCACUACCCUGAUCUUGCAGGAAGACCAGGUUGAGGGCACUCCAAUGGAGGAGGAUGCUGGUGAGGCUGAGGCUGAGGAGGUUGAGGUCAACAUUCAAGCUGAUGAGGGCAGUCAACGUCCUGAUGAUGGGGCUAGUCAACUUCCAGAUGAUGAAGUAGAUGAGGAUGGUUCUGAAUCAUCACUUCCUCCAUCUUUGCCACCAGCUGAAGACUCCAGUUCCAAUGCUGAGGAUGGGUUUCCCCCAUGUCAUCCUGGUCACCAUGUGGAACACAAACCUAAAAGCAAGGGCAAAAGUGGGGCUAUGGAUGUUGACAACAGUGAUAUAGCAAGUCAGGAUGAUCAUGAACCUGCCCAGAACACAACACCUAUAGAUGCUUAG